AUGGAGGAGACACUGCACUGCAAAGUAAUUCUGCUUGGGGACGGCAAGGUGGGAAAAACGUGCUUGCAGUAUAGCUUUGCGAAUGGACUGGAGUACCUGGCGGGGUACCGGGAAUAUCAAAAGACAGCCAUAGAGAACUACGAGUUGCUGCUUCCCAUCAAUGACAGCAAUGAAGGGGUUGGCGGUUCGCGUAUCGUGCGAUUAGGACUUUGGGAUACCGCUGGACAGGAGGAAUUUGAUGAGCUCCGUCGCAUGUGCUACACCAGCACCGUGGCACCUGUUGCUCAAGCCGGGGACGGCAAUGCAAGUGCUGCCGCCGGCAAUCCAAAGCCCCCCUCAUCUCCAUCGCCCUGUGACGUCUCGGUAUUUAUUUUGUGCUUUGCGUGGGAUGACCCACACAGCCUGACAAACGUGCAGAUGCGUUGGUACCGCGAGAUUCGUCGAGUGGAACAGGAUGUGGCAUUUCUAAGAAAUGGCGGCCAUUACAGGCCUUUUAAUGUGCUGCUUUGUGGCACCAAGUUUGACUUGAGGGUCGAUGCGGACCAACGGGGCAUCACGGAGGGAAUGGUGACACGGGAGCAGGCAUACACUGUGCAGAAGAGCAUCAAGGCAGACGCGUUGGUAACAUGCAGCUCCAAGACGGGCUUUGGUGUGCGAGACGUGUUCCACACAGCCAUGCUGUUGUGGCUCCAGAGACAGCCACAGUACGCGAGAGAGUUGACACCUAAUUUUCUGGAAGCUUUGCCGAUAGAUGGUGAUUGCGACAAUGAUAAUGGCGUUGUCGACACGUCCAAUAGGCAAUCCAUCGAAAGACAGAGCUGUCAACUUUUCUGA